AUGGAAGAGCUGUUCAACUCCCCAAACCAGGCCUUCUGGGAGGAGCGAAUAAAGAAGGAGGUGGUUGCUCGGACCACCUGGAAUAUCCGCUAUGGCCAUAAGUACCUGAAAGAGGGGUCAAGGACCAGGAAGCAGUCCUGGCAGGCCCCCUGUGGGUCAGUCUUAAAAGCAGGCCCAGUGCCUGCCACUGGCUUCCCUGUCAGAAAAGAGGCACAGGCUGGGUGGCUAGAGACCAAGGGGGUCCAGGACCAGCUAUUCAAGGCUGGAGGUGUCCAGGGAGACCGAGUGAGGCAGGCCAGGGGAGCCCAAGGUAGGCCAGAGGACUUAGAAAUGAGGCGUCCCAGCCCAGCCACUCUGAAUCUGCUCUUCCAAGGCAUCUCCCAUGAUGGCCAGGGCCGGACCCUGUACCUCAAGGAGAGGAAUCGACUGAUGCCAGAGGAGAAGUACAAGUACCCAAUCGUGUCUUCCUGGGAGUAUGGCUGGCAUGUGGGAGAUGCCAUGAAGAACUACACGACUCCAGCUCAUGCCAAAACUCAUCCCAUCACAGAUUCAUUUUACAUCAAAAAUGGCAUUUUCAAUAUUCCACGGCGAUCAGAUGACCUCAUGUGAACUUGGUUUGGAAAGGGCCCUCUUGGCUCCUUUUUCCUAUGAUCCAUCUGGACUAGCCAGGUGGGCCAGCCCUACCUCACUCCGUGUUCUGCUGAGCCCUGCUUCCUUGGCUGAGAGUGACAUGAAGAGGUGAUCACAGGCAUACACCUCUGGGGUGUACUGUUGGCCUAUGUUGGGGUUCCUGUCUACACACGGACAACUCCACUCCUUACAAAGCUGCCCCCACCCUGCCAUCCAUCACUAGCAAUGUUGCUCCUUUUCCUGGGGAAG